UUCUCUACACAAAAAGUCGAUUCUCAUUUCAUUGUUUAUUUUGACGCCGGUAUAGCUUCGCUUGGUAGCAGGAAACAAUUAAAUAUAUAAACUAAAUAUAAAAGAUAAUAUACGAAAAUUCAGUGUUCAAUGACAAUAUGAAAAUCUGCCGCCUCCUAUUUUAGAAGCAACGAACUGUGUAGGGAAUAAUUUCGCUUAAUGUGUAGACGCAGUUAAAUAUAUGGAGGAGUCGAAAUUACAUAUCGAUCGAUUUUACAUGUUUCCGUAUCUAAGCCAUGUACAUGUUCAAAUUUGUAGUUUAACGUAAAAAAAUAAUUUUCGUCAGUGGUUCUUAUUUUUGGUUAUUGAUUGCUCCAAUUAAUGUACAAUUCCACGAUGGUUUAUAUGCGCAUUAUAAUCGCCACAUUAACGUGUUUAACUUGCCUACUAGGUGACAAUUUUGUGGAAAUUAGCCAAAAUCCUUUGCUAAAGGCUUUGGCUGAUAAUGCUACUCACGCAGCAAUCGGAGCUUUAUCUGGAAUCGCAUUCGUUGUCCAGUUCUAUGAAAAGACAUCGCAUUUUUUCGGAUGGCUUCUAAUUUUUGUAUGUUUUAUUUGCUCAUCAUUAAUUGACGUGGAUCAUUUUAUUGCCGCCAGAAGCUGGAACUUGGAGGAUGCCACUAACCUAACACGUCGCCCUUUUCUUCAUUGUUCUACCUUAAUUGCGCUUAUUUUAAUUGCUUAUUUGUCUGCGGCUUGUCUAAAUUAUUUCAAAUGGAGCUUGUUGUUGGGUUCAAUACUUUGUGCCUUCGUUACGCACCACUCGCGCGAUGCUACCCGGCGUGGAUAUUGGAUCUAUCCAUGGGGAAAUACGGAAAGGAUCUCCAAUCUAUCUUAUAUCAUAGCUACUAUAAUCACUCCGUAUAUUGUUGGAUAUCUACAUUCACUUUGCCGUGCACCGACCGUACAAGAAUAUUUAGGUCAAUAUAUUAAAUUCAACGACAACUUUAAUCAAAGAGAGGUAAGGGGUUAUCGUUAUAUGCAGGUUUAAUUAAUUUGGGUAAAUCAAAAAGAAGAAGCAUAGCUUCUUUCGAUUAGUACAAUAGUUGAAAAACAAAAUUACCAAACGUCCACGAAUUUCUUCAAAACAUAAUUCGUGCUUUGUACCUCCAAUUAUAAUGUGAUUGUAUGGACUUGAGACAUAUGCGUAAAUAAGAGUAUUUAGUACAUAAAACAUACGUCUAGGUGACGAGGAAGUCACAAUUUUAGUAAUUAAACUUAGGUGCGCACAAUUAACCAUUUACCAAAGUCUACACGCAGAAAACAUGAAAUCUAACUUAAACAAAAUCUUCCAUAUGUGCUUUAUAAGUAGAUAAUUAGGAAUCAUUACUAUCACACUAUGGCUUUUGUCCCUAUUAGAAAUGUGAUAAUAAAAGUGAUAAUAGAAAGAUGACAUAUAUAUUAUUGUAUGCACUAACUACAUUUGAUGAGUUUUUUGUUGUAAAUCUCUCUCUCUCUCUCACUCGCGACCCGUCUUUUUUUGUUUUACCCAACUGCAUUGAAAGGCCUGUAAUAUUAAAACUAUUUUUAUUCAUUUAAAAAUAAAAAGUUUGUUCCAAAUUGUUAUUUGCACUUGACUCUUAUACCAAACUAAAUAUCUAACUUUAAGAAAAUGAUAAAAAAAAAUCAAAUUCAUUUGUUGUUCAACUUUGCAACACAAAAAUGCUUCUCUGAUUGAAAAUGAACAAGUAUGAAUGGUUUUAAAUGCCAUAGCACUAAUGUCUGCCACGGCUGCCUAAAUCAAACUGUUAAACAUGGAAAUGAAAUAAAUUAAAGAAUAAAAUUUCAAAAUUUCUUUUCCUGCUUUACGUUAAAGCAUAAACAUAUAUAUACCUACUCACAUUAGCUAAUAGUGUUUUAAUAAUAAUUUUUGUACCGGUAAAAGUGCGGACCAAUCGUUCAGGAUAAUAUUGGGGUCAACAUUGUUGUUUACCUCGGCAUUUUCAAUCGUGCACACUUGCUUAUAGUCUACCAAGAAAUCAUUAAUUGUCUUGGCUAGAGGCUCAUACAACACCACGUGUGAUGGUUUAGCAGAACGAGGAUACGAAGGAAUAUGAGAUCGUAACCAAUGAAUCGGAGACUCGAAGAACAGAUCAGCUUCGUCCUUGUAGUCGGGCAAUUGUUUUAGAUUUGGCUCACACGUUAAAAACCGCAUUGAGACGUUCUGAUGACUUAUGACACUUUUCUACCUAUAAUAUGGGGUUGAAUGGCAUGGCAUUAAGAAUAGUAUAUUGACAGGACGAUUCUCCGAACUGCGGUACUCGACAGCAAUAUCACCAAGUUUUGCCAUCACAUCGAUUGGUCCUCUCUGGUGGACUGUACUUAAAUACCAUGCUGGAAUGGCAUUGCCAACCACAAUGAGAAUUGCGACAAUCCAUAGAACCAGGCUAAUUAAAAAACAAAAUCAUGCAAUAUAUUACCAUACUUCAUUAUCACAUUAUCACAAAUAAUCACCUUGAGGCUUUAUAACUCCA